AUGGCGGCGGAACGGCAGGCAGCCUCGUUAACAGGGGCCGCCAUCAACUUUGAUCGGCUGGAGCAGUCUCUGCAACGAUCGGUGGAGAAGGAAGAACGCUAUUGGCGUGAGAAUGACGCGAAAUUUCGCGCCAUGGCACAAAAGGUGGCCACGUACGAGGAAUUUGAGGAUAUUGUCAAGGCCUCACACAUCAAACCCCUGACCGAAGACAUCACUCAGCUGGACCUGAAGCGAUCCAGUUGGACCACCUCGGGCCGGCAGCAAGAGCGGCAUCGGCGGAAACUCGUUGGCGCCGACCCCGCGAGCUCACCCGACCUGGACAACACCACUGUUCCUGCCACCCCACAAGACUUUGUGCGGCGAUGGCGAUCCCGGAAUGGACCCCAGCGCUACAGCCUCGCCAUCCUAGCCCAGGUUCUGACCGCACUGCAUGAGAAUUACCAGAGCACAGAUCGCGAGGCUGUCUCGCUCCUCCUCCGCGCCUGCGGCAAGGCUCCUCGCUUUGCCCUCGCAACCGAGUUCUUCACUCCCGAUGACUGUGAUGUGGCCAAGCAGUUAUGGCAGUGCGUGGCCCAAGAUGCCGAUGCUGCAGAAGUGGACAAGUUACGGCGUGGUUGGUCGCACAUUAUUGACGCAGAUGUUAUUAUGGCGGCAAAGGCCGAGGACUCAAAACAAGCUUCUUCAAACGCUGACACAACAGAGGAAGUUGAUCCAAACACUUGA